AUGGCGGAGACUAUUUCGGGUGUUGUCGAGAGAUGUCUCACCCUUUUCCACGCUUUAGUGGGCCCCGAGGAUGGCUCCAAAUUGGACUCGGGCAACCUGGACUUCCCGGACCGGAAUGUUGCGAUUCAAAUGAUCGACCAGCACUACCGCUUCAAGCUAUGGGUUUCCAGCGUCGGGGCGGACAAGCCUGAUAUGAGCUCGCUGGACUACCGGCUUCGAGAUGCCUCGCACAUCAAAAUCCCCGUCAUCAACCUGGUGAAGGGGCUCAUCGAAAUGAUCGAGGCUGCGUCGGCCAUCGUCCGAGGGGAGCGGACUCCGUGGGAUCAGGAGGAGCUAGAAGAGGACCUGGAGCUAGAAGAGGGCGAGCUGGACCAAUUUGAUGUUGCUGACACGCAGCUUGGUCAGAUCGCGAUCAGCAUGGUUAAUAUGGUCGGUUACCUCGUCGAGCUCAAGCCGGCAAUCCGGAACCCAGCGCCGCACGACCGCAUCAUGGCAGCAAAGCCCUCCGACGCAUCACGAUUGGAGCAUCUCGACGUGCGACGUGUGGCUUCCACACACAGGAGCGUUAAGCCGUGGCUCGCGGAUCGACUCGGCAAAUCAAUCAGCAGGACGCGACAGUAUCUGAAGCACCGCCUUUUUCAGCACGAAAAGCUCUCACACAAGCCAGGCGAGAUUGAGCUCGACGCCGGAAGAGGCCUGGAAGACCAAACCGUAGCGUCCUCAACUCCGAGUCACCCGAAAGAAGGACGCGCAGGCUCCCAGGGUUUCCCGAUCCUCAAAGAUGAUGGCUCGGAUGCCGGCAUGUCGCAGACGUCCUGUGCUGCAUGUCUAGGCAAAGCGGACAUACUCGCAAUACCCCCGCUUCCCAAGGAAGCCCAUGAUGGGCCGUUCCAGUGCCCUCUUUGCUACAUGGUAGUCGUGGCAAAGGACCGAGCGUCAUGGGACCCCUCGAGACCCUUUCAUGUUUGUCUAGAGGAGGAUUGCAUCACCCCCGAAAACGAGUACUCGAACCGGCAUGAGUGGAUUCAACACGUCAGGCAAAACCACUGGGCGGUAUACACGUGCCCCAGCUGCGAAUGGGUCUCCACGUCGCGGGAAGAAUAUAGGGCCCAUUUGGCAACCUGCCAACCUGCCGAACAGUCGCCUAAGGACUUGGACGCCCUAUCAAAGCUUUCCCGGCAACCAGUGGAAAAUAUCCAACCAAGAGCUCCGUGUCCCCUCUGCCACCUUGCUCUCCGUUCGGACCAGCACUACCAACGCCACGUGGGCCGCCACCAGGAACAACUUUCUCUCUUUGCUCUCCAUUCACCUGAUGCCGAUAUUAGGCUGGGGGAUGGCGAAGGGGACAGCGAUACCUACGACGCCCGGGACUACAUUGCGGACGACGAGCGGCACUGCUUCAACGCAUUGGAUGACGAGAAAAAGCAGCCGUCGAUUGCCGACCUCAACAACCCAGAAACGAACCAUGACGGGGUUACUAGCGACACUCAGAGCAUGCUGCUCGGGAAAUUCCUUUCACAUUGUUCUGCACUUUUGGGGUUCGCGGCAGAAGCGAAGAACGAGUAUGGGGCCGCGAAGGCAGUGCCAAUGGAAAAGGAUCGGCUGUCCCGAGAAGAGGUGCUCGCACAGGCAGAAAGUGGAGCCAGAGAAAUCUUUGCUGCGUACCGGAUGAUAUUCCCGGUCAUGAGCAAGGGGUUGAUGUGGGAGAUCGUCAAGCACGUUCGUGACAGGAUUGAAGAGAAGGCCGAGAAGACGAACCCUCAAAAGAUCAGUCGCCGGGCCGAACCGAUGAUCCAAAGGUUAUUCGGACACGAGGGCGAGGACAGCGCGGAGCCUGAGGCGACGCGGAUUGAAAAGGAGGAUUUAGAACGGGAGACGUCCAAAAAAACAGAGCCGGUUCCAAAAGAGGAGCGCGCACCUACGAUGGACGAACUCGCCGCGACGGUCGCCAGGUGCGAGAUAGUGCAGGCAGCGCUGGAGGAAGAUCGGCUGGAGCUGGGUGAGUCGGACAAGGUGUUUGACACUUUGCACCUGUUUUACGAUUUACGGAAGCGGGAGGCCAAGGAAGCUAUUCGCAUGUACGGCCGGGGUAAGGGCGUGGAACAUUGGACAAGGUCGCAGCGCGAGGCGCAGGCUCGAGCAAACGGGUUUAGCGGCCGUUUUGUGAAGGAGUUCGAUCUGGCUGGUUUGAAGGAGGAAGAGACUGAGCCAGCUAUACAAGAAGAAAACAGGAAGAGGGAGACGAGGGAGAAGAUGGAACCCGACGCCGACGAGAACGACAACAGACCCGCGCUUACGUGCAUAUCGCGCAGUACCUCGACAUGGACAGUUUAG